AUGGCUACAGGAAGAAGUUCAAUUAAAGUUCCAUGUGAAAAUGAAGACUUACCUGACAAAGAAAAUGCACCAGAUUUUGACGAGGACACUUUACGAGGUGAGCUAGGUUCAACUUCGGCUUCAGUAAUUGUUAGGACAAUUUCUAUUCGAUCAGGAUCAGUUUCAAGAAUGCAAGCAGAUGUGGAAAAGGAUAUAUACAGUGUAUGACCACCUUAAAGGAUAUUUGGCCAAUCAUGACUCUCUUCUAUGAUUACAAUAUGCUGUUCAUUGGGAAGAUCUAUGACACAGAAACUUUUGCUAUUUUCUUUUCUAACAGUUCAAAACAAAGUUAUAAUAAGUUAAGACUUUAUUUGAUCAUCAUAUAACAUCCAUUGUGUAAGUUUGCAUCAUAGGUACCAUCAUCAUCAUCACCAUCAUCUUUCUAUUUUAAUGAAACACAAUCACUUUGAAACCUUCAACAUUCCCUCCCUUCUCCUCGAGCAACCCACAGGUAUUUGAUCUUCAUCCAAGCCAAAGAGGGUGGGGGAGGGGGGGUUUAACCCUGCCUGACUGGCGUUAGGGAAUUUGAAUAAAAACUGUCACAUCUAAUUUCCAGUAGAGUACAAGUGUUAAUUAUCAUUGAAUAUGGAGGUGUUUAAGAUAGAUAAUGUACUUUCACUAACAAAUGGCUCAGAAGAAAUAAGGCUUCAAGAUCUAGGUUUUUAAGCUUGGUCAAUUAGUUUUUAAAGCUUGAUCAACUAGUUGAAAGUCAAAUUGCUAAUUAUUUCGCCUUUUACAUAAAAUUGUGUGGGGCAUUUGAAUAUUUUAUUAAUUUUGCCCAGGGAAUGAGAAUUUUAGGAAACCUAUCUCAAAAAAUUUAGAUGCCCAGGGGUUUGCCUCAAGUUGAGUGAUGCUUAAUUCUCAUUGUUAUUCUUACCCAUGAUGUCACCUACAUCAUUGGCAUCAUCAUAACUAUUGAAAAUCUUGUCAGCUCUGAUUAGACACUAAUAAUUAUUAGCUAUGACCACAGACUUUGACACCCAUUUUUAAUUUUUUUUUUCGAAUUAUUUUAUUUUUUCUUUGCAGCCAUAGCUGAUGUUUAUAGAGAUGAGGGUAAUGAGGCCUUCAAGAAAGGAGAUUUCAUCAAUGCUAUUCAUUUUUACACCAAAGGAAUUAAAAUGAACUGCAGCGAGAAAGAACUGAACGCCAAACUGCACAACAACAGGGCUAUUGCACAUUCUAAACUUGGUAAGAUGAUGAGAGCUUUAAUAGGCAUUUUUUUUCUAUUUUGAAGCUAUUGAGUUGUCAGUAGUAGUUUUCUGAAAAAGGUGAUAAUUUUGAAUGCAUGCCCGGAAAAAUUUACGUCUUAUCUUGGCCUCUCAAAUAUACAAAGAAGUAACCUCUUACCCCAGAUAUCAAUGAGCAUCACAAGUUUUUCCCAAAAUUAUAGUAAUGGUAGUUGGUUUGCAACAUGUAUGGCUAAUCAGAGAUAUUUAUUUCAAUAAAAUAGGAAAUCACCAGGAUUCACUAAGGGAUGCAGAAGCAGCCAUUGAGUUAAAUCCAACUUUCCUUAAGGCAAUUGUGAGAGGUUAGAUAUGUUCGCUGUGCUAUAAUAAUAAUAACAAAAGAACUCAACACUCUAUGGUUAAAUGAGGUUAAAUGGAGUUCAAUCUUGUCUCAAUGGACUUUAAUUAAGAGGUCGAGACCACCCUGAUGUACAUUUGAAUCCAGCUCUUGCCUGUUAAGCCAUUACUUUCCAUUAAUCAUGAUAAGAAUAUUAUUUUUAACGGGAUGAAGAACUCAAUGCGGAAUGCAAAGCAAAAUUUCAGCAUGAAUAUUUUAGUUCCUUAAGUCCAAUGAGUCACAGGUGUCAGAUAUGUUAAGAGCGUGUCCACGAGAGCACCGGGCAGUCGUGCUACAAGUCAUCUCACCGAUUUCAAUGAAACUUUGGUAGUUUAGAGGAUCUACCCCAAAACUCAAAGAGACAAACUGGUGUCUGUUUUGGUUCUUCCGGGGGGAGAUAGACCACCCCCGGUUUUUCUUGGUUUUCACCAAGGAAAUCGCUUCAAAUAGGUAAAAUGUAUGAAGCUCUCACGGCGAUGGUAUCUAACCGAUUACUUUGAGGAUUUGCACACAUAUUUUUACAUCCUUAAUUAAUGCCUGCUGCGAGUAUCAGUCAGUUUGAUCGACGGCUUGUCAAUCAACAGAGGCAAAUAUACGACUUUGGUUUUAGACUUUUAUAAAUAACAAAUAUCUCCCGUUGCCAGAAAGCUACAACACUAAUCCUAAUUCCCCUUUAUAACCCAUCAUUUCAUAUCUGAAAAUCAUCAAAAAAACCUUUGGGUACUACCGUAUGUUUUCUUAGAUGCCUUUUAAAAUCUGCGAAUGUGACAAGUUUCUCUCAACUACACCUGUCACGCAAUUCUUGCUCUAGGCGGUCUCUUGACAAAAUAAACCUACAUUUUUUAGCUCUUUAUACAAGAUGAUUGAUCAAGAAAGGUGAAAAAUGUGGAAAACUUUCGAGAUUUUUUGUAGGAAUGGAAAAUUUCACGUUUAGAGAGAUGCAUGUAAACGAAAAAUCAAUGGGGAAAUCGUAGCGUUCUUUCUCCAGUCGUUUAUUACUUAGAAGAUUUGCUAAAAUCAGCAGAUAUGGCUUUUGUACGGCACAAAACAUUCAUUAGUCUAUAAUAUAAUUGUUAAUCAUCAUCAUUGCUCAUUUUAUUUCAUGCUGCGUGUUGGAUGAUAUUACUAAUUGUUCCAGUGUGCUAGGGUUAGAGAUCUAGAUCGAGUGUUGCCGGCGUUUAAUUGCGUGACUUGUAAAAUUUUUAAAUAAGAAUCUAAGCCGGCGGUAAUUUGACAAGUAGCCUUCCUGCAAAUUUCCCUUGAUGAAAUCCCAAGACAUAGCCAGUUGUUUUCGUGAGCAAAGACAAUAAAUAUGAGAGAAAAGCGAGAUGCAAAUGUCUUCUUUUUUUUUAGCUUAAUAACAUAUUUACCCUCUCCUGCAGUCUUCGUCUAAAUUGAAGUCUCUCUUUAUCUUCUGCCUUGUUCGGUCAGUUUCGAAUUCUGAAGCUAGAUCAUUGGCAUCGGCCUCUCCUUCCUUAUUCAUAUUUACAGAGGGGGACCUCGUCAAUAAACCAAUUUUUGUUACGGCAGAUAACCGGCUGAAGUAUCGAGCGAUUUGCUGCUGUAUCAACCGGUAAGUCUUAGACAACAUUUCUGGCUGGUGUCGUCUCUUAAACUCGAUAUUUGGGAAAUCACACUAGAGGCAGUUGCCUUACUAGUUUCCUCCCUUGUCCAGCACACGUCUAGGAGAUAAUUAUCUGCUUUCUGAGAAAAGGUGGCUGUUUUUUGUGUUUUCCAAAGAGCCCAUCCAAAGUCCACUUGGUUUGUUAGGGAUUGUUCGUCAGAAUUUUUACCUGAGGUCCGACCUCGAACGUAGCCGUCCCCUAUAGAAUGGCAAGCCGAUCUUAGUCCAUUUCCUCUUGAUCUUAUCCUAAGCGGGAUUUUUUUGUCGGCUUCACUGUCUUUGUCUUUGUCAGGGUACAUUUGGAUGGCAGCCAAUGACUGAAACGUCUUGAUACAUCCUUCUUUUAGCAAGAAUAUCUCGCUUUCUUGUUCCGUCUAUGACGGAUUGGGUAUAGUUCUCGCGAUGACCCGCGUUCAGAAAUAUGUGCACGUUGCUGAUAAGCACCCGCUUCUACGACUAGUUAGCUGAAAGUUUCUAAUGUGAUGAGCCUAGUGAGACACUGAGGUGCUUCAAACUGUGCCAGUUGGUCUGCGCUAUAAACUUGUCGCAGUUCUUAAGUCAGAGGGAGGAUCGCCCACCUCUAUCUAUGUGAGCGCCUCUACAAUACCUGCGUAUCCCUAGCAAUCAUAUGAUAUAAAGUUCAUCUCAGUCACAAAUCACCAGUUAGGAAAACUGAUGUUCAGAUAAGCGCUCUUCUUGCCCUUCUCCUUAUUCAUUGUCGACUUUAAGAUAGCAGCUACAGUGCGCGUUCUAUUUAGGUUUACAGUCACCUUGCUGCCACCAGAAAGACUCGCCACCAGCUUUGAUUUCUUCUGCCAUCUGUAGAUUCAUCUCUGUCUCACUUUAUAUUUAUAUUAUAUUUAUAUUUUAUUUAUAAAAGGAGAAAACAUAGGAACCCGUGUUGCAGCGUGCAGAUAUCUUUUGAACCAGACCUACACACAUAAGCCCCACACCAGCCAGAGAAACUCGAAAGAGUCUUGUAUAUGAACUAGCUCGCACAUGCACGCAGGAAAGGCCAUGAAAAUCAGCGAAAAUAAUAGCAAAUGCAGAUGACAUUUGCAGUCAAAAAACAGGAAAAUAAGAUAACAGAAGGAUUAGGAACUUUCUAGAAGUGCCUUCUUGAAAAAAAAGAUGAACAAUUUUUACUUCUCAUAAAAGGUCACGCAGUGACCCUACAAAUACUAUUCCUAUACGUGGAAUUUCUUGAUGGUGGAAAGUGGAAAAAACAUUUUCCAUUCUUAUUUUCUGGAAACAUGGCGUAGUUAAUGAAUUCAUGGGGCUAUUGAUAUUUCCUAACAAAUAAGGAGGGCAGAGUUUCCCGUCAGUCGCGGUAUGGAAAAGCCGAAGUUGUUACACUCGGGAACUUUUACGUCAACAAGCAGGCGACAUGAGACUUCAAAAUCUCCUCUCCUGUUACAGUUUCCUUAUUGUAAACUGUGCGAUAAUGAUAAUAGACGAUCAAAGUAUAGUCUAAUGAAUUUUUUGUUCUGUACAAGAGCCCUAUGUCCUGAUUUUAGCAAAUCUUCAAAGUAAGAAAGGACUGAAGAAAGAAACGCUACGAUCUUCCCAUUGAUCUUCCGUCAACAUGCAUCUCUCUAAACGUGAAAUUUUCCAUUCCUACAAAAAAUCUCGAAAGUUUUUCACAGUUUUCACCUUUCUUGACCAAUAAACUUGUAUAAAGAGCUAAAAAAUGUAGGUUUAUUUUGUCAAGUGACCGCCUAGAGCAAGAAUUGCGUGACAGGUGUAGUUGAGAGAAACUUGUCACAAUCGCAGAUUUUAAAAGGUAUCCAAGACAAAAAUACGGUAGUGCCCAAAGAUUUUUUUGAUGAUUUUCAGAGAUGAAAUGAUGGGUUAUAAAGGGUAAUUAAGAUUAGUGUUGUAGCUUUCUGACAACGGGAGAUAUUUGACCUCAAAGUUGUAAAAUAUUUAGAUGAAUCGAAAAGUCUAAAACCAAAGUCGUAUAUUUGCCUCUGUUCAUUGACAAGCCGUCAAUCAAACUGACUGAUACUCGCGGCGGCCAUUAACUAAGGAUGUAAAAAUAUGUGUGCAAAUUAUCAAAGUAAUCGGUUAAAUACCAUCGCAGUUAAAGCUUCAUACAUUUUACCUAUUUGAAGCGAUUUCCUUGGUGAAAACCAAGAAAAACCGGGGGGUGGUCUAUAUCCACCCGGAAAUAACCAAAACAGAAACCAGUCUGUUUUUUUGAGUUUUGGGGUAGACCCUUUAAACUGACAAAGUUUCAUUGAAAUCGGUGAGAUGGCAUGUAGCGUGACUACCCGGUGCUCUCAUGGACGCGCUCUUAAGUCACUAUCUAGCUGUUUUAAAAAGAAGGAUCAGGACUUACCUAACUUUUAGUGUUUUUGUGGGAGUUGUUGAUCCCAAUUUAAGUGUUCUUAGAAGUUUCAGUUGUCUGUAAAGCAAAAUAAAUCUAACUGAAACCUAAUAGGGCCUGUUUAUUCUUUUCCGUUUAGUUUUUUUGUAUUGUUUUGUUUUGCCUUUUUUUUUUCUUCUGGUCUGUGAUGAUUUCAAUGGUUUCGGGUUCUUUUCUCAGAAUUGAGCUACAGUAACAGUAUGCUUCUUUGUGUUGUUGCCUACAGGAGCCGCUGCUUCUAUUGAAUUGAAGAGAUUUGAAGAAGCAAUCACUUGGUGUGAUAAGGGACUAGCUGUAUCCUUUAAAGGAAUCUUUCAUUUUUAACCGUGGGUAUAAUGGAAAAAAGUUUCCAUAAUUUGAUGUUUCAAGGGAGAAAAUACAAAGAAGGGUAUUAAUUAUGAUGGGAACUUGUCAGCUCAUAUACUUUAAGUGUGUGUGAUUAAAAACAUAGGAGAAGUUAUUACCUCAUGACUUAUUAAUGAAAUUACUCCUUUUAGCCAAUUUGACUUAGUUCUACUAUCCAUGCCAAUAACUGGUACAUUAGUUUAAAUAACCCUUUAAUUUCCCAGACCAAAUGUGUAAUUAUUCUUACUGUCAACCAUACAAUUCUUGUAAUGUUAGUACAGAGAAUUCAGUAUUGCAUCAACUAACUAUUUUUAAAUUGAUAUAUUUUUUUUUACUCUCAACACUUAUCUGAUUGAUAUUGUAUUGCUAUUGUACGGAGAAAUUCUCUUUUGGUCACUCACGGGAGUGAAAGGGUUAGAAGACUAAUAUUCAUCCAGUUUAUACAUGGUACUUGGGUAGAUGAUCUCUCUAAAACAAGCCAGAACAAAAAGCUCUUUAAUGUUUACAUAUCUUAUGCAGAUUUUCUGCCUUCGACCUUUUGCCUCUACUUAGAGACUCCGAAACUUUCGUUGUGCUUUCCUAUGGACAAAUAAAAAUUUUAAAGAUAUGUAUUUAUUUUAUGUAUUUUUGUUUUUUCCACAUUUUUAACCCUUAACAUAAAAAAGAUUGACAAAAACAAUAGGAUCUUCUCGUCAUUAAGACUUCAGUCUGUCAGUGAAGUGGGAGAUAAGUCCAUGGAGGAAAAAGAUCCUAUUAGUCAUGACCACGGUAGUGCAAGUUCAGGUGAUGUCAAGAAAGUCAUAGAUCUCUAUAAUCAGGGAAAAGAAGCCAUAGAGUACCACAACCUAGAUCUUAAAAUAGCUAAAGAAGUAGGAGACAAGCAUGGGGAGGGUGGUGCUUAUGGCAAUCUUGGCAAUGCUUAUCGCCGUCUGGGUGAUUUCAAAAAAGCCAUAGAGUACCACAACCUACAUCUUAAAAUAGCUAAAGAAGUAGGAGACAAGCAUGGGGAGGGUAACGCUUAUGGCAGUCUUGGAAAUGCUUAUCACCGUCUGGGUGAUUUCAAAAAAGCCAUAGAGUACUACAACCGAAUUCUUAAAAUCGCUAGAGAAGUAGCAGACAAGCAUGGGGAGGGUGGUGCUUAUGGCAAUCUUGGCAAUGCUUAUCUUAGUCUGGGUGAUUUAAAAAAAGCCAUAGAGUACCACAACCUACAUCUUAAAAUAGCUAAAGAAGUAGGAGACAAGCAUGGGGAGGGUAACGCUUAUGGCAAUCUUGGUAUUGCUUAUGACAGUCUGGGCGAUUUCAAAAAAGCCAUAGAGUACCACAACCUAGAUCUUAAAAUAGCUAAAGAAGUAGGAGACAAGCAUGGGGAGGGUGGUGCUUAUGGCAAUCUUGGCAAUGCUUAUCUUAGUCUGGGUGAUUUAAAAAAAGCCAUAGAGUAUCACAACCUACAUCUUAAAAUAGCUAAAGAAGUAGGAGACAAGCAUGGGGAGGGUGGUGCUUAUGGCAAUCUUGGCAAUGCUUAUCUUAGUCUGGGUGAUUUCAAAAAAGCCAUAGAGUACCACAACCUACAUCUUAAAAUAGCUAAAGAAGUAGGAGACAAGCAUGGGGAGGGUAACGCUUAUGGCAAUCUUGGCAAUGCUUAUCACCGUCUGGGUGAUUUAAAAAAAGCCAUAGAGUACCUCAACCUACAUCUUAAAAUAGCUAAAGAAGUAGGAGACAAGCAUGGGGAGGGUAACGCUUAUGGCAAUCUUGGCAAUGCUUAUCGCCGUCUGGGUGAUUUCAAAAAAGCCAUAGAGUAUCACAACCUACAUCUUAAAAUAGCUAAAGAAGUAGGAGACAAGCAUGGGGAGGGUAACGCUUAUGGCAGUCUUGGCAAUGCUUAUGGCAGUCUGGGUGAUUUCAAAAAAGCCAUAGAGUACCACAACCUAAUUCUUAAAAUUGCUGGAGAAGUAGGAGACAAGCAUGGGGAGGGUGGUGCUUAUGGCAAUCUUGGCAAUGCUUAUCACCACCUGGGUGAUUUUAAAAAAGCCAUAGAGUACCACAACCUACAUCUUAAAAUAGCUAAAGAAGUAGGAGACAAGCAUGGGGAGGGUGGUGCUUAUGGCAAUCUUGGCAAUGCUUAUCUUAGUCUGGGUGAUUUAAAAAAAGCCAUAGAGUAUCACAACCUACAUCUUAAAAUAGCUAAAGAAGUAGGAGACAAGCAUGGGGAGGGUAACGUUUAUAGCAGUCUUGGCAAUGCUUAUGACAGUCUGGGUGAUUUCAAAAAAGCCAUAGAGUAUCACAACCUACAUCUUAAAAUAGCGAAAGAAGUAGGAGACAAAUCCUCGGAGGCAACGGCUUACUAUUCAUUAGGAUUGGAUUUUGAGUUGCAAGGUAGACUGCCAAAAGCUGUUGAACAUUACCAAGCUAGCAUAAACUUAUUCAAUUCCUUGAGAGUACUUCUAAUAUCUAAAGAUGAGUGGAAAGUUAAUUUUCGAAAUCAGCAUCAAGUGGCGUAUACGGGUUUGUGGAGAGUUCUCGUAAAACAAGGUAAUGUAGAUGAAGCCUUAUUUGUUGCUGAGAAAGGACGAGCUCAAGCUCUGACCGACCUCAUGGAAUCCAGUUUUUCUGGUGGAACAAGUCACCACAAGGGAGAAGAUGAAGAUUGCGCAGUUUUAAAAAACGUUCCAUCAAACACUGUCUUUCAGGCAGUGGACCAAGCUAACGUCAAUCUUUGGGUUGUGUCCGAAGGAAAACAAGUUCAGUUAAGACAAAGUAAACUCAAAGGUUUUGUUUCAGAGAAUAGUGGAUCUAGCCUGUCCUUUGAGUCGUUCAUGCUCGGUGUCUAUACACAACUUGGUGUUCGUUCUAAUGUGAGAUGCGAAAACCGAUCUUUAGAUGCUUUGAGGGAGGGCCGUUCAAAAGUGGAUGAGAAAACCAAAGAAGCCAAGCCUCAACCUCACAUCCAACAAGACGGAUGCUUGAGCACUUUGUAUGAUAUCGUUAUGAAGCCGGUGGCGGACUUGAUUGAAGGGGAUGAGCUACUCAUUAUUCCUGAUGGACCCCUGUGGAUCGCUCCUUACGCUGCAUUGAAGGAUGGUAAUUCUAAAUACCUGUGUGAAUCGUUCACAAUUCGAGUCGCUCCAUCGUUAGCAAGUCUUAGACUCAUUGCCGAUUGCCCAGAUGAUUAUCACAAAAGCAGUGGUGCGUUACUUGUAGGAGAUCCGUGGGUAUCCGAGGUUACUAACAGAGAGGGAAAGAAAGUCUUCGAGCAGCUUGAGUAUGCUAAAAAAGAAGUAGAAAUGAUCGGAAAAAUUCUGAAUAUCACGCCGAUCACUGGCAGUCAGGCCACGAAACGUGAGGUGUUGAAUAGACUCAGUUCCGUUUCCCUAGUUCACUUUGCGGCACACGGAUGUAUGGAAACUGGCGAAAUUGCUCUUACACCUGACCCAGACCGAAUAUCUACUGUGCCAACGGAGGAGGAUUACAUUUUAACAAUUGGAGAUGUGUUGAAUGCUCAACUUCGGGCCAAACUUGUUGUGCUUAGUUGCUGCCACAGCGGCCGGGGCGAGAUCAAGGCUGAAGGUGUGGUUGGCAUUGCGCGCGCUUUUAUGGGGGCUGGUGCUCGGUCUAUUGUGGUGUCCCUGUGGGCGAUUGAUGACGAGGCUACUCUUGAGUUCAUGAAACACUUUUAUCAACAACUUGCAGGAGGUAAACCAGCAAGCGAGUCACUGAACCUGGCCAUGAAAAGCCUCAGAGAAUCAGACAAGUUCUGCGACAUCAAACACUGGGCGCCCUUUUUGCUGUUUGGAGAUGACGUCACUCUUGACUUC